AUGAACCAUAUGCUUUGGAGUGGAUCUGGAUUUACUGCGAAUAAUUCGCAUCUCACUUCUAGGACAAUCAUUGAGGUCGAACAUCUGUCUAAAUAAAGUUACCAUGCAACAAGAUCCACACAGUACCGACGUCAUCACGAACAUAAAUUACUUCCCUGCCACCGGCGUCCCCAUCCCAAAGUCAGAAUGGAAAGUCAAAUACCUAGACGACAGAGAUGAAUACACUCGUCCCAUGCUCAUCCGCGACGUACGAAAAGCCAAUAAGACAUUCGAUCUAGACGUCAACGGCUUCACAUUCGUCACAUUACCGCACAAAGAUAGAGUCGGCCGACACAGCAGCGAAGAAGACGUAAAACGAGGAUACUACCCUGAGUUGGAAGAAGUGGUCAAGAAAUUAACCGGCGCAUCAACUGUCCACGUCUUCAACCACGUAAUCCGCGCCCACACCUCCCCCUCUCAAAAAGGCAUCCAAGACGCCCAAGGCCGCUGGCAAGACAUACCCUCCGGCCACCCACACGUCGACUACGCAGGCUCCGCGUCCGCCCUCUCCGGCACGCUCACUGAACUUUCCCUCCCCCCACACAUACAUACCCUCUUCACCACAUCCACCCGCUACGCCUUCCUAAACUGCUGGCGGCCCCUCAAAACAGUCCGUCGAGAUCCACUCGCCGUGUGCGACGCGACCACAGUGGCAGAUAGUGAUUACCAAGUCAGACUUAGGGAGUUCAGUCGCACAGGAAAUAAGAGUGAGAAUUAUGUUUUGAGUUGUGGGGCGCUGGAGGAGAACAAGGGGAUGGACAUGGGGGAGGGGAAGAUGCAUGAGUGGUGGUAUAUGAGUGGGAUGCAGCCGUGGGAGAUGGUAGUUUUCAAGGGCUUGGAUUCGAAGAGGGAGGAGAAGGGGUGGAGGUGUCCGCAUACGGCGUUUAGGGUGGAGGGGAGUGAGGGGGAGGAGCCGAGGGAGAGUAUUGAGGCGAGGGUUGUUGCUUUUUGGGAGUAGUAGUGUUGAGGGUGGUUGGUGGGUGGGGAUUUGUAGAGGGCUUGCCGUACUUGUAGCCGAUUGAAGAGGAAAGCUUUCUCUUGUGGAUCCCUAUAGCAUACUUUCUUGCAACGGACAACUGAUGGUAGCGGAUCUGUUCAGCAGACUAGAUGCUCGAAGAUGAAUUCAUUCAUGCA